AUGAACACAUUUAUCAUCGUUUUUGCCAUUGCCGGCGUGGCACUUUGCCAUCCAGGCGCUAAGGGCGGUCCUGGUGGCGAAGGUGGUCCCACUGAUGUGGCCGGCCGUGGACGUCACCACGGGCCACCACCACCGCCGUUCCUCAAGAAUGUCACUGAGGAAGCACGGAAGGAGUUCUUUGCGAUUGUGUUCAAUAAAGAUGAAAAGAUUGCCGACCAGAAAAAGGACAUCCUAACCUGGGCGCAGAAAAAGAAUGUAACAGAGCUUAUAAAUGCCCUGCCCGCGGCAGUGGAGCAGAUAGGAGCCAUUGUGAAGAACGAAGACCAAACUGCGAAAGAAAUGGUCGAUGCCAUCAAGGCUCUCUCUGCGGGAAAUCCUAAGGUCUACCGUGUCCUUAUGUUCGUUCUUCGUGAGUUCAAACCGAAACAUGGUGGCCCACGUGGACAAAAAGGAGGCCCAAGGGGCCCGAAAGGAGGUGAUUCUAUGGAAGGACCGAUUCAGAAGAGGAGUUUGGCGGCUUCCCAGGAAUCGGUAACGGAGUUGGCUUUCCUGGCAAAGGAAAAUUCUGAGAUCGACGCCCAUCAACGCAAGACGUCUCAGCGAUGA